UUGGGGUCACUACCCAGUCCUGCACAUUGCAAAAGUUUGACAUUUUCGACUCAAGCACUCGCAUUUUCUCUCCGACAUCUUCCUCUCAACGUUCCCCGAGUUUAACAACACACUCUCCUAGCGUCCUCAUUGCUGUGCUCUUUGUCACCUUUUCGAAAGCCUCGCGUUUCUUCGGACGGAACUUCUGCUGUCUGUUCUUCGUGCAUCCGUUUUCGAGUCCCCACAAGAUACUAUCCUCUCGAGCCAACGCCAUGACGACCGAUCGUCGCCAGAACACCUACAAUGCCCGGUACGGCCAACAGACUCCAGGUGCCGCCACUGCCUCUUACAUGGGUCGAGGUCCGCAUGGCUCUCAAGUAGCAGACGACAUGCAAAAUCUCGCGAGCGCCAUGACUUCCAUCAACCUCCACGCACCAUACGGCAAUGGGGCCGCUGCUCGGUCCGGCGCCUCCGUCAGUUCUUCUGAGUAUGCUGCUCUCCCUGGACAGGGUCUCUGGGUUCCCAAUCAGCAUAUUCUGGGCUCCAUGUAUCAAGUCCUACCCGGCACUCAUCAGCACAACGGCGUCACUCAUGCCGCUGGACUAUACAACCACGCUGGCGCUUUUGUUCCUGGAGCCUAUCCUUAUGGCCAAGCCAUUGCAGACAAUAGCCCCAUGGCAUCCGGCUGGACCAGUCGUGUAUCUUCUAGUGAAAUGCCGUCUUUGAUGAGUCCGCGACGUGACUCCAUGUCCUCGAACGAGAAUGACAUUCCCGGUACACCCUACACCGGCAAUGGCGUCUACCGCUGGGGCUCCUCGACUGCCCCAGCCAUCAUGGACCGGUCUCCCAGUGGAGUGUACACACACAGUGGUACGCCGUCUCCGUCUCAGCUCGCAUCCUAUGCCCUUAAUGCGCCGCUGCCAAAGCAACAGCAGAGCAUGCCGCCCAUCUCGCCCCAUCUGUUGGCGCUCCUCCACAAGGAACCUGCCAUUCCUCGGGCGAUCCCGGCUCCCAGUUCACCUCUCAAGCCAUUGGACCGCAGCUUGGAGAACAAGAAUGGUGAGACCAAUGUCUACAUUCGCGGUUUACUGCCAGAGACGACCGACGAGAUGCUCCAUGCAUGGGGAAGCCGCUUUGGGGAUAUCCAGAGCUCGAAGUCUAUCAUCGACUUGAAGACCAAUCUCUGCAAAGGGUUUGGUUUCAUCAAAUAUCACAACUUCGAAGACGCCGAGAAUUGUAUCCGUGGAUUCCAUUAUCUUGGGUAUGAAGUGAGCUUUGCCCGAGAAUCUUUUUACGCCAAGCUGAAGAAGUUUGCCGACGAGAACAACACGAAUCUUUACGUCUCCAACAUCCCGAAGAACAUGAACGAGCAUGCACUAAGCGCUAUCUUCGCUCCUCACAAAGUCUGCUCGAGCAAGAUCCUUCGUGAUGCUACCGGUACGGGCCGUGGUGUCGGGUUCGCUCGCUUUGAAAGUCGCGAAAUUUGUGAGGAGAUUAUUCGAAAGUUCAACAACACCCCUGUGUCGAUGCCCGGAGGAGAGGAACACCUUAUCCAGAUCCGCUACGCCGAUACCCAGGAGCAGAAAAUGCUCAAGCAGCAGACUGCGGCUGGUAGAGUCUUCCGCGCCGCCGAGUAUGAAGUCGGCGUCGCUCAAGUCCGCGCAAUGAGUGCUCCUAAUCGCUAUAUGAGCCUCUCACCUGAUGGGCAGAACGGGCUCAAUGAGUAUGAGGUGUACCUCCAAGGACAACAGAGCAAUGGUACGCCCUUUGUUGGACAGCCUCCCCGUUAUCGACAGCCAUGGGCUCCGGCAAUUCCUUCCACACUGGGAAUGUCGCACUCCGUCAUGCCAACUGUAGCUCAUGCUACCAUUCCUGGAGGAUAUGUCAAGACUGAGCAAGGCGACUCGUCUGAUCGAGGCCCUGAUGUCAAGGCGGACCCUGCGACACCCGUCAAGAAAGACAACGGCUCUGUUUCCCCGAACACUGACUCUACCCGUGACGACUAGAGCAGUCGAGCGUCACCAUUGACCGAGUUAUAAACCCUAUGCGAUUGGGUCGCAACUCUGCAAAAGUUAUUCUUCGAAAUGGCCUCCCAGUCACAUCACUUCCGGCAUUUCCCGAAAACUGUUUUGGACACAGUCCUCACGCAUAACAUUCCUUCGGACGAACUCGUCGCAUGUUACUUGCAUUCCCUGCAUUGCGAAGGCAAUCUUCCUCACUACCUGCGAACCUUCUGUCAAGGCCCGAACACUCGCUUGCUCAUCGUCA